GUUCAGUUUUUGGAGACUGUAUAGGGAGCGAUGAGAAUUAUCUUGGCGUUACUUCUUUUGGUGCUUUAUGUAGGAUUGGGUGAUGCUUGUACAUGUGCCGGUAUACCAACGAAUGGAUGUAAUUCACAGUAUUCCAUCUUAGGAGAAGUAUUAGGACUACAAGUCCUUGAACCCGGAAUAAAUGGUGAAAAUAUCUACACAGUUAGAGUGUUACAAAUCUAUAAGGCUGAGAGACCCCUCCCUUACAUUUGGCCCGGCAUUGUAAGGAUCCGCGCGUAUACCGGAGGAUCACUCUGUGGGGUAGUCUUCACACCGGGGCGGAUCUAUGUUAUCUCAGGAACUUAUCGAAACUCUACAUUGGGAGCCAACUCCUGCGCCUACGUCAGAGAAUGGAAUCAAAUUCCUUUUUCAGAAAGAUGGAACCUCUUUUGUAGACGUUUUUGAGUAAAACCUCCAAUUGACAAUGAAAUGAAAAAGAGCAAUACCAUAUGUUUAAUAAAAAAAAACUUCUAUAAUUUUUCUUAAUUUGGAAUAAAACUAAACGUACGAG